ACUUUAAACAAAUAGUGAUAUCUUUAUAAGUAUUUAAAGCUAGUUUUGAAAAUAAUUAAAUAAAGUCAUCAACGAUGGCUUCCACAAGCUCCGAUAAUCAAUCCACAAUAGCGCAAAAAACAUGGGUAAUGGCCAACAGCAUCGAAUCGGUGUCCAGUGUUGACGAAAUAUACCGCUACGAUAAGAAACAACAGCAAGACAUCCUUGCCGCUAAACCAUGGGAAAAAGAUCCACACUUCUUCAAAGACAUCAAGAUUUCUGCUUUAGCUCUCUUGAAAAUGGUGAUGCACGCUCGCUCCGGCGGGACUCUAGAAGUUAUGGGGCUUUUAUUAGGCAAAGUAGAUGCAAAUACUAUGUUAGUGAUGGACUCGUUUGCUUUGCCUGUCGAAGGCACGGAGACUCGCGUCAACGCGCAGGCACAGGCUUAUGAAUACAUGACAGCGUACAUAGAGGCAGCCAAACAGGUUGGACGCCAUGAAAAUGCCAUUGGUUGGUACCACAGCCACCCUGGCUAUGGGUGCUGGCUGUCCGGCAUAGAUGUCUCUACUCAAAUGCUCAACCAGAACUUCCAAGAGCCAUUUGUGGCCAUCGUCAUUGAUCCCGUCAGAACUAUCUCGGCCGGCAAGGUCUGCCUUGGCGCUUUUAGGACAUAUCCAAAGGGCUACAAACCAGCGAAUGAAGAGCCCUCAGAAUACCAGACCAUCCCGCUCAACAAAAUCGAGGACUUUGGUGUCCACUGCAAGCAAUACUACUCCCUGGAAGUGUCCUACUUCAAGUCUUCUCUGGACCGGAGACUGCUGGACUCUCUGUGGAACAAGUAUUGGGUCAACACCCUUAGCAGCUCAAGUCUGAUUACAAACGCCGACUACACAACGGGACAGAUAUUUGAUCUGUCUGAUAAGUUGGAACAGAGUGAAGUGUGUUUGGGUCGCGGCGGCUUCAUAGUCCCCGGCGCAGACCCCCACGAGAAGCGUACGGAGGAUAAACUCGGCAAGGCCACGAAGGACGCCUGCAAGACCACCAUCGAGGUCAUCCACGGACUCAUGGCGCAGAUGAUCAAGGACCGCCUGUUUAAUGGCGUCAGCGGCCGGCCCGGCCCUGCCACGCCCAUGAUUGAGGACUCCUAGUCUAC